ACUCAACUACUUAUUCUGCCCACUGACCCUUAUUUUGCAGGGUUUUGGAGUGCCUCCCAUAAUCAAGAACAUACACCUCACUCAUGCUUCAUAAAACCGCCUAGUACUUUCUAGGCACAAACAAUUUGGCGCCCACCGUGGGGUGAUAGAAAGAGAAGGCAUUUGCGGGCUAGAAAUGCCAACUAUCGAAGAAGAAAUGGAGAUAGAAGAAUGCAUAAAAGAUCAGGGGCAUCAAUUCUCUAGCAUGCUGGAAAUUUUGAGCCAAAUCCUCGCCAUGCUCAAGGAAAAGGACGCUCCCGAAAGCUCAAAAAGGCAAAAGGCCAAAGGCAAGGAAGUGAGAGGCGAGAUUCCUGCCAGCCCUGCUCACCCAGAAGGCAAGAAAUCUGAAGAAGAAGAUGGCGUAGAAUAACUCAAUCUGAUUUUCUUGGAGGAACACAUCAGUUCGUCGUAUGGGAAAGUGAAGGGCCAAAAUGUGUUGCAAAACCCUUAGGCGAAAAAUCUAUUCAAAACGCAAAUACCUUCCAACUUCGUAUGGCUGGGAUUGCCGGCCUAGAUUGGAAACUCUAACCCAACGGAACAUCUGAGCGUCUUCAUGCUCAAGAUGUAGCUUACUAACACCUCAGAUGCAGAUCUAUGCAAGGCGUUCCCAAUCACUUUCAGCGGCCAAUGCAGGACCUGCUACAUCUCCCUCUCGAAGGAAUAAUCGAAAGCUUUGAAC